AUGAGUCUGCCACCGGCCUAUGUACACGAGAGAACGGUGCUCGAACGCGAGAUCCAGAAGAACCAACCGGCGGACAUCCUCCAAUUCUGUGCAAACCACUUCAACAAGAGACUCGAAUCUCAACGUGCCGAGUUCUUGCUAUCCGGCGCUAACGCCACCGGAUCAUCGGCGUCUACUUUCGGCGGUAUCACAGCUACAGGAGGUCGUGCUAGUCCCGCUCUCGUCCCCGUAGAAAGCUCGUUCCCUGGAUUUAACACAUCCACCUUCAACUCCGCUGCUUCUCCACCCGCGAACGAAGUCGGCCCUAAUGAACCGAUAAUCGAGGAGGAAGAGCCGGAUAUGGGCCAGAGCCCCACGGCAUCUACUUUCCAGAAGUACAAUCUGGGGCCUAAGGAAGGGGCCGCGUCGCUUUCCGAGCAAGUCGCCCGUAUUUCUGCUUCCCCGCCACCGCCUGCAGGUACAACAUUUGCACCCCGCGGUCGCCAAGCCCAAAGCACCCUCUCCCCACCAGCUGCCCCAUCCUCCGCCUUCCGCUCUCCGUCCCCAUCCAAUGAUUUCCCAUCAAAUUACAACAUGAACCGACGAACAUCCGUCUCAGCCGAGUCCAUGGUUCCGUCCUCUGCCAGCGAAGACUGGACCCCACCAUUCACCCAAAAGACCGCCGAGCAAAUCAACCGUCUCAACUCCGCCAUCGCAGACAACCUUCUAUUCCGAAACCUAGACGAGGACCAAACCAAACAGGUCCUGGGCGCUCUUACAGAAAAAGCCAUCCGUCACAAGGACACCCGAGUCAUCACCCAAGGCGACGUCGGCGACUUCUUCUACGUCGUCGAAAGAGGAAUCUUCGACGUCUACGUCAACCCAUCCGGACAAAUGACCUCAGGACUGGAGGGACUAGGUAAGAAAGUUACUAGCAUCGGCGCGGGCGGCAGUUUCGGAGAACUAGCGUUGAUGUAUAACGCCCCCCGUGCCGCCACCGUGAUGAGUACAUCCCCGGACUCGAUCCUAUGGUCACUAGACCGAGUUACCUUCCGUAAAAUCUUAAUGGAGAACACAUUCAAGAAGCGACGUAUGUACGAAGCAUUCCUUGAGACCGUCCCAUUGUUGUCGGGACUUAUGCCCUACGAACGAUCUAAGAUUGCAGAUGCGCUGGAAACACGUUCGUACCCCGCGGAGGCGGUGAUAAUCCAAGAAGGCGACCCAGGUGAUAAUUUCUACAUUAUCGAAACGGGUCACGCGGAAGUUAAGAAGCGAUCUGAGGGUUCCAAGGUGUUGAAGACUUAUACCAAAGGCGAUUAUUUUGGAGAAUUGGCAUUGUUGAAUGAUGCCCCCCGCGCGGCUAGUGUGGUUGCUAAGGAUAAAGUUAAGCUUGCUACGCUUGGGAAAGAAGGGUUUCAGAGGUUGUUGGGACCUGUUGCUGAUAUUAUGAGGAGGAAUGAUCCUUCGCAGCAGAGUUCGUCGGUACCGCAGGUUGAUGGGCCGUCGGAUGAUACGGAUAUGGGAGGUGUUGGGGUUCUUUCGGAGAAUUAUAGUAUGAGUUAG